CCAGCGGAAGAAUAUCACUUUUUCCAGUCCAUGUGGUGAUGCGGUGCUUUUACUCGUGGCAUUCAGUGAUGACGACUUGGUGUAAUGUUAUGACACUGGGUGUGUAGCGGCAUAAAGCGCCACCUAGUGACAUAUUUUGUAACUGUUCCAUCCUAACGUGGCGUCAGGGAUAGGAAAAAAAAAUGCUUUAUCGAUGAAAAUGAACUUCACAAAUCCAGCAGUUUGGGGGGGAAUAGUCUUCGUCAUUUAUGUGUAUAUGGCAAGUAGUUUGAGUAUUGAAUCGAUGUCCUUGAUUUCCAAUUUAAGGUUUAUGUACUAGUACGCUGUUUGUCCUAACUAGUAAGCAGGGCAAAACCAAUUCAUGGGGCCCUCCACAUCCGACAUGAUAAAUAUUAAUGUUUAAAAUGAACUAAAAUAUGAAUUCGAGAACAUUCUAUUUCCUGAUCUAGAGAAUGUCCUUAUAAUCCGUUUUAGGGAUUUUUGUCUAGCAAGUGAAUAAUCUUAAUGCUUUUACUGUUAUUGAUAAGAACGAACACUUACAACUUCGUGAUGACAAAUGUCGAAACAACCAUGCUAGAUAAAGCACUUUGGGUGUUUUGUUCAUUUUUAAGCGUGCGACUUAAGGUUAAAACAAUAAUAACUGUUUUCAUUUGAAAAACUCUUGAUUAAUCAAUUUUCCCGAGAGUUUUGGGGGACCCUGGACCCAGGCCUCAAGCAAUUGCCUCUGUUUGCCAAAUGUUAGGUCAGCCCCUCCUAGUAAAACAUUCCAGAAAACUAGUAGAAAGACUAGGGUGCGCAAGUAAAACGAUCAUUGUUUAGCGAACUACUUGUAAAAUGUAGUGUGCUAAUGUACAAGUUAUUGUACAAAAAUGGAGCUUUACUUCCACCAGAGAAAUAUAACAAGCUAAGCUACAGUAAAAAAGCUAAACUACAUCAAAGCUAAUUCAAGUGGAACUGUCAAUAUAAUAUAAUAUUAACAUAACUGAACUGUGGGCAUUAAACAAAUAAUGUAAACAAGUUGCAGAUGUGGUCAUUGUUCCCAUCUAUUGAAUUAAACAUUUAAGUUAUCAAAUAUCAUAUUACUUAAUUAAAUAGACAACAGGUUUUUUUUAAUAGUAGCUGCAUUCAUUGUACGUCUCUGAGUGUUCUCCUUUUUCUUAUGAUGAGAUUCAAUUUCAUUACAUAUUUCACAAAUCCCAUUUUCGUGUUUUCAAAUAGUGAGUUUUAUUUAAAGCCCAAUUAACGCAUAUUUAAUGUGAACGCGUUGAUAUUAUUGUUUGCAGUUGUCUCAGUUGCUAGCACGGACUUGUUUAAGCGCUAGCACUUCCGCGUUGGCUGUACGUAUCCCAAAAUGCACCGCGGCAGGCUUGACGUAACAGAUCAGCUGAGCUCGCUCGACGCCGCAGUGAGCACGCGCCCGUCAGUGGCGCGCGCGCGCCCGUCAGCGGCUCGUCAUCGGAGCUGCUCCGGGUCCACUUGGUCGAUCCCAGUCGGCGUUUAAAAACGGAGCCCGUCAACUGGAUACACCGGUUUUUUUUUUAAUUUAUUUAUUUAUUUAUUUUUCAAUCACCGCAAGAAUGUGACGCUUUAUGUUAAUCCGUUUUUAUUUUAUUUUGUUAAUUGUUGUUUUGUUUUUUUUGCCUCUAUGAAUCGUCGCUUUGGAAACAUUAAUCAUUAUCCACCUGGACCGGUGUAAACGUAAACGUCCUGGGGGUUCGGAGGGGAUUCCACAUUUUUUUUUUUCCCCCCCCCCCUGUGGGAGUGGACCAUAAUAUGUCCAGGCGAAAACAGACCAACCCCUUCAAAGUUGACUGGCCAUUCCACACUUCCGGCAUCACGGGAUUUCAGCACACUAUUAACAUGGACGGCAGGGACGAGUUCACCGAAGACAGUGAGUGCUGCGGCAACAGCUCCCAGGAAGUCCUCGGACAGGAGAGCGCCACAGAAGACAGCGAAAGCGACCCGGACUCCUCGUCCAACGCCUCGGCCGACGACCACAUGACUGCCAAGAGGGCGCCGUGCCGCCUGCAAGGAGCGGGAGUCAAAGAGGAGAACGAGGAAGGCUCCGACCACAGCAACAACUUUGUAUGUCCUCUGUGCACGCUGGACUUCAGCAGCCCGGAGAAGCUCAUCUCCCAUGUCUACCAGCACACGAGCCUGAUGAGCAGCAGCAAGAGCUACGUGUGUCCCGUAUGCGGGCGAGCGCUGAGUUCGCCCGGCUCUCUCGGGCGCCAUCUUCUCAUCCACUCGGAGGACCGCCUCUCCAACUGCGCCGUUUGCGGCGCACACUUCACCGACACCGACAACUUCCACAGGGAGAAGCUGAAGGAUGUCCUGGACACGACCAGGCUGGAUGUCUCGAGUGGAAGCGACACUUGUCCCCUGACCCACUCGCUCUCCAGCUCUCCCAUGGCCAGUCCAGGACCGGGCCCUCAUUCCUGUCACGGGCCCGGACCCAGCCCCAGCCCCAGUUCCUGUCAGGGCCCUCAGUCAUGUCAAGUCCACGACCCCAGCGCCGGACUAUGUCAAGCCCAUCGGACGUGCCACAUAUCCGGCCCGUGUCAAGGCCCCUCGAGCCAAGGACCUCCGUUUCCCUCCCUGCCCGACAGUCUGCUGUCCGAAGGGCCGUCGCUGGCGUCCAUCCCCGACGCCCUCACCUCCUCCUCCUCAGGUCUUCCUCCCAUCCCGGACAUCCUGAGUCCGAUGCCCGUGUAUCCCGCCGGCGUGCUUCUGGUGUGCAACAGCUGCGUGGCCUACCAGCAGCUGGUGGAGGUCCAGUCCCCCGUGCGCAAAUGGGCCCUUCGCCGCAAGAACGAGCCCUUGGAGUCCCGCCUGCACCGGCUGGAGCGCGAGCGAACGGCCAAGAAGAACAAGCGCGCCUGCGAGACUGACGAGGAGCGCGAGAUGCGGCGUCUGCGCGACCGCGAGGCCAAGCGCAUGCAGAGGAUGCAGGAGUCGGAGGAGCAACGGGCGCGACGCCUGCAGCGGGACCGCGACGCCAUGCGCCUCAAGAGGGCCAACGAGACGCCCGAGAAGCGGCAGGCGCGGCUCGUCCGUGAGCGCGAGGCCAAGAGGGUCAAGCGGCGGCUGGAGAAGAUCGACCCCGCGUUGAGGACGCAGAUCGAGCACGACCCCGCCGCCAUGGCCGCGCUGACGGCCGACAUGAGCCUCUUUCAGUUCCCAUGCCCCGUGCCUGUCCCGCCCAUGGGCAACGGACUCUUCAUGAAGCUGCCCUAAGAAGACCACGGUCUCUAAUUCAGGGGUGUCCAAACUUUUUCUUCCAAGCGCCGCGCACACACACAAAAAAAAUCAAAGGACACAAGGGCCACUUUGAAUUCACCUUUAAAGUCCCGCUUAAGUGCAAACAGAUAUUUCUUCUAAAUUUGGCACACUACAGAGAAAAAUAGAUGCUACUUCGUCUAGAAACUUUCAUGAAAAUGUAUCCACUCCUGUUAGCCACCAGCUAACUUGCGAGCUAAGAGGCCUGGGCCUAGUAAUAUUAAUAAAAUAACUCGCAAUUGCGCCAAGUAACCACUGAUGCGAAUGAAGUUGCUGAACUUCAUUAGCUCUGCCUUGUCACCGUGACCUCCGCGCACUCACCGCUGACAACGUGGCGCUCUAAAGCGGCCACGCCAGACCGAAGCCCGGGUCCACAUGCUGGCUGUCAAGUCAGACUGGGGAGGGAAAUCCCCCAUCCUUGCUAUUUCACUUUUUUCAGUGACGUACGAGCACUCAUGGCCGACAAUGAGGCACUCUAAUGCUGCCACGCCAGCGAACUAUUCGAAGGGAAGAUACAUUUUCGGGGUUUGGGCAUAGCUAUCUAACUAACUGAAUGUUGCAAUUCCACCAGCUAACCGCUAAUGCCAACAAAGCCGCUCAAAUAAUUGGAUUGGCGACUCAUACCGGGGCCACGGUGUGUCGCUGGUUUUAGCCACACCCCAAAACAUGUGGAAAACAAAAAUGGUGAAAAACAGUUCAACGCUGUAUCUCCACAAUUAAGUACUACAUAGUUCUGUCUUUGCACAUUUUCAGCAAUUAUCUUCAAACGUAUUUAGAAGCAAAUCUCUGAAUUCACUUUAGAGGGUCUAUUAUUUCAAACGCUAAAACUAAUCAAUCAGUAUAGACAAAGACCUGCGAAGCUAUGAUAUGUAUUUUAAAAUGGUGAUGGUGAAGCAAAAAAAAAAUAAUAUAUCAAGGAGCAUUAGGAACAUAUUUUGUUAUUUUGCUGUUUUGGUGAUUUUUUUUUCUUUCUUAUCAGUGUGGAAAGUAAGUAGUGCAAUGUAGGCAAACAACACAGGCCGCAAAAAAAAUGGACGGCGGGGCCGAAAUGGCUCCGGGCGGCAGUUUGGACACCCCUGCUCUAAUUUAUUCCAAGUAUUGAGAAUGUUCCACGUGGUAUGGACGACGACCUUAACGCAUGUUGUAAAGAGAUUGAACCCGUUUGUUCUACUUCCUUAAGAGGAGACCGAUAGUUUUGCACACGGAUCCUCAGCGGUGGGAGCGUGUGGGGUCUAAAAUCCCCUCUGCCCUCCUCACUGGUCCGGGUCCAGUCCGGUUCCGCUCCCUUGAGACGUUCUACCUCAGCCCUCCUUGACUGAAUGGCCGCCCUUUUUCUACUGCCUCCGUUUAACGGGACCAAGACGCUACGGCGGCAAAGGAGUGGAACAUUUCCGGUAAAUUUCCGGUACAUUUCCAUGGGAAUUUAAAAUGGGGAAUUUGGGAAUGAUUCUAAUUUGGAAACUUUCCAUGGGAAUUAGCAAACAGCUUUUUGCCCCAUUUUGUUUUCUUCAGUUCAAUGGGCAUUGUGCUGCUCCUUCCGGUGUGCACACUUUCACCACCAGGGGGGGGGCAGCAUAAUACGUAUAAAUCGCAAUAUUUAUUGUUCUUUGUAGCGGAUAAAGAAUAUAUACCUGUAUUGUACUAUCUGUAUAUACGUGUUGCUCCAUCAUUUGUGUUCAGAUAUCCCUUGCUUCAAGGGUUCUAAAGCGUUAGCAUGUCAAUGCCAUCUUCCAUUGUAUGUUAGCAUUAAGCUAGCGGGGCCUUUCUCUAGGCAGUUUUGUGUUUAGUGCAACAGUAAAUUUGACCUGGGGUUUGGCAGCACCUGAAAAUCACAUUUUUGCUCACUAGUCAAAGCAAAAAAAUUGGCCGAGCGACAGCUCAUCGCUCGAAAAACCUAUUCAUCGUUUUUGUGCUCAGGCCGAAGCCACGUCUCAUAAAAACUUUGCAUUGGCACGAUGUUGAACUGAGGGGAGGAGCUUAAUUUAUGCCUUUGUCAAUAGAAAAGUGCUUUGCUGCCAUCAUGUGGCAUCUAUAGGUAAUUACAAUUUUGCGUCGGCAUCAACAAGGAGGAUUUUUGCUAUUAAAAUAGCGGGUUACUUGAAUUGCGCAAAAAAGAAAAAAAAAAUCAACUCAAAGUUACGGCUUGUAACUUGACAAACGUGUAAAUUGGAGCACUUGCAUGAAUCUUUUUUUUUGGGUUUUUGCCAAAAUACAUUUCCCGCAACUAUAUUUAAAUUGAAGAGACAAAAUUCCUGAUUUGUUCCAGUUGAUUCCCAUGGAAAGUUUCCAACUUUGAGAAACGCCGCAGCCCGAAACUCCACACAACCUUUUUUCUACUUCCUCUUUCCGCGUCCGCUGCUGGUUCUCAGCGGACGUUACCUCUGCUCAACGCGUACUUACAGUCAAUUGGAGUGGAGAAAACUUGAUUCCAAAGUUCAAUUCAAAAAGUGAAACUCUUACACAGUAUUCUGUAGACUCACAAGUGAUUUUUUUUGGUUUUUUUUUUUUUAGAGAUCAUAAUUUUGAUGAUUAUAGUUUCCCGGAGCGCUAGCGGCUGGUAUUCCUGUCUCGCGAUUCCGAGGUUCUGGGGAACGAUCCAUGUGAAUGGUUGUUUGUCCAUAUUGUGAACUUCACUUUUUGAAUGCGAACUACUGAACUCAACAAACUUUUGUACCAAAUUGGAAUUGAUUGAUAUCCACUUGUAACUACUGAAUUGCUGUGACGGAGCAAUCCAGGUUUCUAGUCCUCCGGCCGUAGCUUUCUUUGGCAUUUCAGCUCCCUCGCACAUUUCUGUUUACGUUGUGCUUGCCUAAUGUGCUAUUGUGGCUGGUUAGGCUUUGUAUUUUUGUAUUUUUAUUUUUUAUUUCAAGCUGACUAAACAUAUGUUGUAAGCAUCUCCCAAAAAGUCUUGAAAUCCGAUGGGAGGACGUCGACUCCAGUUUCUGGCCUUCCUCGUAGUGUCCAUUUCGAAAGUGGUUUGAGCGUUUAUUCCAUUUCCUUGAUAUCCAGCUUAAGGUUCGUGUACUAGUACGCUCCUUGUCCUCACUAGUAGAUCAACUACUAUGUUACUCAUGAGGCAAAACUGUGCACUAGUUGACAUCUGCGCACCUCUAAGUACUACUAGUGACAUCAAAUUCUACUUGUUAAAAUCUAGCAUUUCACUAGGAGUACUAGUAGGUGUCGCUUAGACUGCGGACAAUGAAAGGCCACUCUAAAAUGAGCGGUUUUACUGAAUUUGACAUACUGGGAGGACUACGUUACUAGUGAGGCAAAACUACUAGUGGGCAUUUUGGUGUUUCUAGUGGGGAUCGGGAGGCUACUAGUGCGUGACAUGCCUACUCGUUGGGUCAUGUGUUAGUAAUGCAGCACAGUAGUUUAGUAGUAAGGUUUGAUUGCGUACUGUAGGCGCUAGUAGUGGGGAAAAAACGACGCGUAAGAAAGUUGAUCAACUAUUGCAUCUAGGACAUCUAGUAGUACAAGUGAGGCGAAAGCGCAUACUAGUACAUGUAGUAUGGUCUUUGUCCUCACUACUAAGACAACUUUACGUUACUAGUAGUCAGGCAAAACUGUACUACGGUUGACAACUGUGUGCUACAAGUACUACUUCUCACAUUACACUUCACUAGUAAUACACUAAUAGUGUGCAGAUGUCAACUAGUAUACCGAUCACUAGUAACAUGUAAUAGGACAACUAGUAUGCCAAAGUUGCCCUACUAGUGAGGACGAAGAGUGUACUAGUACAUGGACCUUGAGCUGGAUGUGGAAUAAAUGCUCAAACAUUCCAUUUAUUUCAGAUUUAGUAACUAGUAACCAUUCCGUUAAUGUCGUCCUGGCACAUAUUUCUCCAAUAUAGUGUGAAUAUUUUUAUUUAUUUUUAUUUUUUUACCACCUGAUGUUUUUAUUUUUGCCUCUCUUGUUGUUGCGGGUGUAAAACGACCUCCAGUUCUCACGUUUAGACACGACGUGAUGACCGACGACCAGAGACGACGACAACUUGUCGUCUUUUGAGUCGCUCCGAGGACCACACUGACGAGGGGGGGUUGGGGGAUAACUGUGAAAAAGUACAUUUGACCAGAAUAAAGUCAGAUAACAUUGCAAGAAAACAGUUGUCAUGUUUUGAAAGUAGAGUGUUUAUUUUUUUGGGGGGAAAAUGAAAAAAUUGCAAGAAUAGAUUUUAACGACCAAAAUGCCUCAAAGUUCUUACCGGUUCUUUCUGGCGACGGUAUUUGCGUGCGUAAAAAUGAACAUUUUCCCAAAUUGCAACUACACUGUCAUUUAGAGCAGUCCUUCUCAAACUACUCCCAAGUACCACAGGAAAAACAACAACAACUUUAGCUCUCCAAGUUUCACCGUGACCAACAUUAUAAUACAGUAGCUAGUAGGCGUAAGUGUUCAUCAAAAACAAGAAUUAUUAUUAUUUUUUUUUCUUUUCUAAAAAGUACUUUUUUUACAGCACAGUUUUAACAUCAACACUGCGCUUAAAUAUGGAAAAUAAAAAAAGUAUGUAUUCAAUUAAAAUGUAUUCUAGAUAAUACUUUAAAAAAACAUUUUAACUAAAUAAUCAUUUCUAAAAGUUUUUAAAGAUGAAAUGCAAAUGUAUCGAGUUUAAAAGUUAAAUACAACUGAAUUGUACUCGGAGUGAUUUUUUUUUUUUCCACAUACCACUCGAGAGAGCCCUUAACAAUGGCACAUUUUAGAGCAUUAAAUUGAAAAAACAAAUAAAAUUGUUCAAAAAGAAAAAGUCCAAUGUUUAUUUUUAGGUCUCAAUAUUUUUUAUUUUAUUUUGUAACCCCAAGAGUUAUAUAGUGAUCAUUAAAUAAUUAAAUGGAAAUGCAUUGUACUUGUGUUGUGAAAUACAACUGAACUGUACUUAAGAAAUUUACUGUCCUUGAAAAGUUAAACAUGCAUCAUAACUUCAUUCUCAUAACAUUAAAACUUUAGGAAAAUUGUAACUAGUAUUCCGAAAUAAUUCUCAUGAAAUUACAAACUUCCAAAAUUAAUUUAUUUUAAUAUUACAAAUUCAUUUUCAUAAUGAUGUUACUAUUAAUAAUUAUGACUAUAUUCUUUAAUCCUGUAAAUUUGUCACUUUUGUUCCACUACAUAACGAUGCUUAAAAAAAUAUAUAUAUGUAAAUGACUUUUUCUUGUCAUUUUGUCCGAAUAAAGUUUUAAUAAACAUUUUCUUUUUUUUUUAUUUAUUUUGUACUGCGACUUUUGUUCCUUUUCCACGUGGCGAUCCUUCCAUCCUCACGGAGUGCAUCAAACGUCUAUGCAACUUUUAUUUUUGAUUAUAUUUUAUGUAUUAUUGUUCCUGCGGGAAAUGGGUUCACUUGUCACUGAAACUAUGCAGCGUGCAUCUUUUUUGUUGUCGUUUGUUUGAUUUGUAGAAACAGACUUGAGUGUAACCUUCUCAGGAGAUUCAACGCAGGGGCUUCAUCUUAACAUUUUUUUUUGUCGUAUUUUUAUUUUUUUUUGUGUGUCUUUUUUGGCCAGCACAGGAAAUCAACUGCGUGUUUGUUACACAGUUGUAGUUGAGUGUUAACACUUCAGAUCAUUUUCCCUCUGUAAUUGUAAAGGAUAGGAAGCCGUUUGAAUAUUUUAUUCCACAUCCUCGAUAUGAAAUUGUUAGUUUGUUUUUGUUUUGUUUUUCCCGUGAGCUGAACUCAAAGAUCUAAGAAUGUUUCGAUGGACGCAAAAGGCCAAUUUAUCUCAAAUGUUGUUUGCAAAUCUGUGUUAGUGAGCGCAGAUUUGUCUUUCCAUGCACUAGUAGAAUGACUGAAAAUGUUUCCACUACUGUAGGACAUUUCUGCACACUAGUAGGAGAACUUCGGCAUCCUUGUUAGGACAAUUUCAUGGUUCCUAGUAAGGCAAAAUGUGUGCUACUAGCACGACUAGUGACAUUAUGAAAUUCUACUAGUUAACAUCUAGUAGUAGUAGUAGUAGUAGUGGUAGUAGGUGUGCCUUAGGCUGGCCACAGUGAAAGGCCACAAAAAGUGCAGUUACUGAAUUGCAGUAAGCAACUGCAGAUUGUAGAGUGGCCCUUUAUCGCGGGCAGCCUAAGGCACACCUGUGCAAUAAUCAGCAUCUUGACAUGCUCACUGACACGGAUUUAGACACAUUUGUGAAAAAUAUUUGAGAGAAACGGGGGCUUAGUGUACUAGAUACAAAUCUUAGAUUUUAAGUGCAGUUUAAUGAAAAAUGGAAUUCCCAAACAAAAGUGUUGCAUUUAUGCUUUUGCUGAGUGGAUAUGACAUUUCAUGUUCUCUUUUUUUCUUAAAUACAUUAUCAUUGGGAAAAAAAAAAAAAAAAAGAUAUACAUCGUUAUUAUAUCAUGAUUUUACCUGUCGACGUCCUUGUUUACAGUCUAUUGGGCGAGCCGGUUGUCGUGUCAAGUGUCUGGCUGCUUUCCAGCGUCAACUCAUGUACAGUACAGAUGCAAUCUGCUAACGAAUGUGCAAAUAAACAGAUUUUACUUUGAG